AUGGAUUUUAUUAAGGUGUGUACAACUAUUAUAUUCAUCAUUCAGCCCGUCGCGUUUUCAAAUGGAGCUCAGGUAUUCGCUAUCGUGCCAAUGUAUGGCCGGAGUCAUUGGAACGUAAUGGAUGCUGUUUUACAAACACUUGUAUCUGCGGGCCAUAAUGUAACCGUUGUCACUCCAUUUAUCAAAAAUGAAAAAAUUACAAAUUACACGCAAGUAUGAGCAUUUUUUAUAUUAUUAUUAUUAAUAUUUUUAGUAAAACUGUAUAGCAAUCCUAACGACGUGACGUUAAACUAAGUAAAUAUUGUAUACAACUAUAAAGAGACUUUAAUAUUAUAUUGUACUAGGUACCUGUAUACUUUUGCCGUUGGAUUACGAUUUUAGAACCUGUUUUAUCAUGCUAUCUUCAUACAUGAUUAACCCUUGUAAUUCUUCUGCAUUUUUGUACUGUUUCUAUUAUCCAGUUCCACCUUAUUUCAUAUUGUUGAGUUGUAUGCAUCUUUUUUUGGUCCAUACAUUCUCCGUAGUAUUCCCAAGGAAAAAUGUCAGUCUUUAAAUGAAAAAGUUCUUCGUACCUUUUUUUAUUAAAAAAGACCACUGCGUAAGCCAAAAAAAAAAGUUGAUAAAUUAAAGUGAGGAAAAUUCAAAUAGAAAUUAGAAUACAAAACGGAGAAGCAUGUACCCUGCAGGAUAGGAAUAUAUGGAAGCAGGUGUGUCGUGGUAAUGAGCCUCAAUAGCAUUUUAUUUUUAUACUUUUUGAAUACAUUGUGUUUCAUAAUAUUCUGUUACCGUGAUAGUUUAAUUAUAAGUUCCUGUCUCAUUAAUAUUCAUAUGGUAGGUAAUAUUAAUAAGGAAAAAUAAGUAAUACUUUAUACGGUCCAUUAAUACACCAGCAAAAAUAUCACAAAACCAUUUUUUCGUUAUUAUGCAUCAUGCAUUUUUAUUAUAAUAUAAUACUCUGACUAUCUAAUUGAAAAAAAAAAAAAAAAACGUACCCACCUAAUAAGUUGUAUGCACGUAUACGCAUAUAUACGUCAAAAUUUCAAUUCAAAAGAACAUUCAAACCUCUUUUAAACUUAUACCUUUCGUUUUUUACACUAAGAUCGAUUCGUCACCUUACUUGAAACGAUCGUCAUCGGCGCCAUUUGAAAUGAUUUUCGGUAGCAACGGAAUUGAUUUUUUAAUCAAAACACACCAAACGACAUGCGAAGCUUUAUACGAAUCCAAAGAAUUCUGGACAGCGCUCGAAUCCAAUAAAUACGAUAUUUUUAUCACACAAUUGUUGGGCUCUGGAUGUGAUUCGUAUAUAGCUUAUAAACUGCAGGUGCCGAUGAUCGCUGUUUCUUCGUCUGCUUUCCCAACACAGUGCGUGCGAACACAUUUCCAAUAAAAUUAGUUCUGUUUUUAUUCAAUUAAAUUUAAAUGAAUUAAAUUAUUCAAUAAUAAAUGAAUUGUUCCUUACAGGUUCAACGGUCCCAAUGGGAAUCAAUUGGUACCCUCGUGCACAUCUACACUGAACGUACCGCUCGCUUGUCCUCAGACCUUUUGGGAUCGACUUUUAAACAGUUAUGAUUACGUAUUGGCAAACACACUAAGAUGGUGGUAUGAUCGUAGGGCCACGGAAAUCGGUAGACAAUAUUUCGGUGAAGACGCUCCGGAUGGAUACGCGCUGUUGCAAAAAAUGGCGUUAGUGUUUGUGAACAGCCAUUUCACUUUUCACUCACCCAGACCUUGGACACCGAACCUAAUCGAAAUCGGUGGUAUACAUGUUACCGACCCGAAACCAUUACCGGAGGUAGGUCAUUGUAAUUGACUGUAUAUUACAAUGUUUGCAAUAUUUGCAAUAUUUUAAGUGGUGGCCGGACAAAAUCUUGCUUGAACAAAUAACUACAAUAUAAUCCAGGUAUAUGUCUUGCGUCAUAUGUUUUUUCAACAUGUGAUUUAUUAAAAGGGUCAAACAAUUUAUUUGUAUACACAGGUUUUUUAUACUCAAGCGAGAAACCGUCAAAUAAUGAAAUAAAAAAAUGUAUAAACGCAUACAAAAAAUAAUAAUCGUAAAUGUCGUGCGAGAGUCACACAAAUAGCGACGAAUGAUAGUUUUAAAUACACAUUCCCAUCAAUCGGAUCCAGCCAAAAUUAGAAGUAGAUAAGCGAACUUAUCCAUAUGACCAUUAUUAUAUACACGCUGUUUUCAUAAAAGUUAACCAGGACAUACUCUGGGAGUUUCUAAUGUAAUGGCCAGCGUCAAUUUUCUUAAAUAAUGCAAUAUUCGGCGAUAUAGAAAAUACUCAGAAGAUUUCUCCUUCUAAACUAUCUUCCUUAGAGAUUAUAAUAUUAUACUCGAAUAAUUCACACUCAUGGUGAAAAAAAGCAGUUCUUUUUACACCGAUAUUGGUAAAGAAGAUCCUCCAAGAUUAUCAAUUUUUGUCUACCAAAACAAAUUUGGAACUAACGUGCAAUCAUUGGUUCUCUAAUGGAACGUUCUCCUCUUACGUCCGUUUUAUUUGUUUUUUUUUUUUUUGUGAGAUUUUGUUUUAGAUUAAUUUUAAGUGAACUUCUUAAAUAUAGACACGUUGUACCUCACACAAUUUUAUACCCGGAGUCAAACGAUAAUUUUAUUUACCCCGAUUUAUUUUAUCGUAUAUACUAUAACUAUAAUAUACGGUGCCUGCAUAUAUAUAUAGUUUUCAACCUUUUUGGGCCCAAGGCUCUUCUGAUUUUGAAAUCCAAAUUAGCGGCUCCCUUACGAAUAAUGAUAAUAAUAUAAAAAAUAAAUUUACUGUAUUACUCUAUCAUAUUUACUAUAAACGCGGCUCCCUUGGCACUAAACCACGACUCACCUGAGAGCCGCGACGCCCAGGUUGAAAAACACUGUUUUAUAUAUUCGAACUUGCGCGAGUUAAUUAUUGUUAGUUAAUUGUUAACUAUUUGGCGUUAGGAUAUACAACAGUUUAUCGACGACGCUCCCGACGACGGGGUGAUAUAUUUCUCGUUCGGUUCUACCGUAAAAAUGGACUCUUUGCCGACGCGUAUGCAAAACUCGUUACGGGACGCGUUUGCCGAAAUGCCACAACGGAUCCUGUGGAAAUACGACGCUGACAAGAUGGAAAAUCAGCCGCGAAACGUAAUGAUUAAAAAGUGGUUUCCCCAACGAGACAUACUGGGCAAGUAUAAUAAAAACGAUACGGUUUUAACGAACGAUUAAACGAUCAAACGAUCGUAUUAUUUUCGUAUCUUUUUUAGAUUCUGAGCGGAGCGAGGAAUGUAUUAGUAUUAGUUUUACAAUGAUGUUUAUUUUAAUUUUAUUUUUUAUCUGUGAACAACUUUUCUACUAAAGUUCUUGCCCCGGAUUAUAAGUGUAACACAUUUUCUGAAAGGAAAUCUGAAUGGGGUAAUACUUUAGGGAUGUCAUUCUUUUGAUUUUCCCGAUAAAUUGGAAAAACCGGGAAAAAACGGCGGAAAAAGGGAAAAUAUACGAAAUUUAGAUAUUAGUAAAAAAAUAUUACAGUCCUUUAUUUCGUGUGAACAAUUUUCGUAUCGGAAAAUUUGUUGUGAUUUACAAUGACAGCACUUUUCCUGAAAGGAAAUCUGAUUGGGGAGGUACUUAAAGGAGGUCAAUUUUUGAUUUUCUUAGGAGCUUCCCCAAUAAAUUGGAAAAAAAUUAGGAAAAACAUGAGAAAACUGGAAGAACGGAAAAAUUGGUACAAUAUUAAACAAAUAUUAAAGAAAAUGUUUAAUUAUGCAUAAGAAAAUGUCAAUAAAAAGGUUUUUUCGUUAGCAGUGGUUAUUUGUUGUUUAUACAGAUGUACAUUAAAUUCCCGUAUAUAUCCUACCUUCUCGAAUUCCCAACUACAACAGUGGUUGCUCCCAUCCCCAUUAUCCAAGGAUAGCUUUUUUAUUUUAUGUUUAUUAUAAUAACUGACGAUUUUUUUUUAUAUAGCUCAUCCAAAAGUGAAAUUAUUAAUUUACCACGGCGGUUUGUCCGGUAUGUAUGAGGCUAUUAACAAUCAAGUACCCAUACUCGGUAUUCCGCUAUUUUCCGACCAACACAGAAACCUAGCGAAUUCGAUUCAUUUGGGACUGGGCUUGAGUUUAGACGCUGAAAAAUUAAACAAACAAUCAUUAUUGGCGGCCGUCAGAGAAAUAAUCACCAACAAAAAGUACGUUUUUACCAUUUUUUUUCCUCAGGUUUUUCAACCAAAUCGUAAGAAAUCCAUAAGUAAUCCGAAUGUAAUAGAACGUAUGCCAUAUUUAUAAAAUAUUUUUUAAACGUCAUAACGAAAAUAUUUCUUAAUAGAUAUUUUAAAAAUAUAAAUUGUAGAAUACUUUAAGUAAAUUAUUUUGUAAAUAUUUUAAAAAUCAUUUAUUUGAAAUAUUUUGUGAUUAUCAUACAGUAUAUAUUUUAAAAAUUACCAUUUUUUAUUUUUUUAAAUACUAUCUAUACUCGUAUGUAGAUAGUAUUUAACGACAUCAUAAAAACCUUUGAAAACUAUUUUAUGUUUUUUACGUGACCCUCGUACGGUUUUCGUUUUCCGAUUUAAUUGAAUUUUCCGUUUUCCGAAAACGUGUUUCGCUUCGUCCGGCCGGCCCAGCCGUUCUCCAACGCCGUUUCUCGCCGUUAUUGGUCGUCGCAUAUUGUUUUACUACGGCUGACUGUAUUUCGCCGUUUUCGACGUUAUUUUCACAGGAUUCUGUACGUAUUCCUUGGUUUUCUCGCAAAACGCUCAUUUUAUUUCGCCGUCUCUUGAUUCCACUUUUUUCGGGUCGUUUACUUGUAUUAAUCGAAUAAAAAUAUAACAUAUACCCGUAAAACGAUAAUUUUUUUCAAUAAUUUAUUGUAGUGACCAAGUAGAUGGAAUUUUACUGGUUCUUAGAUACCCGGCCGCCGCUUAUUGGAUUUUUUUCGAUUUCCCCCCCCCCUCAUUUUCCGUAUUAUAUUUUCUUGUUAUAUUGUUUAUAUUGAACGUUUUUCUAUUAAUUUUUCGCGAAUUUUCCCUUUUUUUUCCCCAAAUAUAAUAUAAAAUAUUGUAGAAAUGAUAAACAAAAAUAUUUUAAAAAUAUUUUUUAAAUAGCUUAGAAAUAUUUUGAAUAUGUAUUUGAGGCGACAAAAUUAAUUUACAACACAUCAUUAAAAUAUUUUCCGAUGAUCUAAAUAUAUUCUUAAAAUGAAGUAUAUUUUCUGAAAAAUAUUUUGAAAGUAUAAAUUUGCUGUGUGAGUUAUGUUGUUCUCUCUGCCAUUCUCAUAUCUAUCUGAAUAAAGCAGAAUUCCCGAACUAUAAUAAUGUAGUUUUCCCACGCCCGACGUUGCCCGUUCUAAUUUUUUAUUAUUUUUACCUUUAUUUCCGUUUUUCUUUUGUUCGUAUCAGUGUAUUGAACUAAAAGAAAUAGUUAAAAAAUGGGUAGCUGUAGACUAAAAGUGUUUUAAUGUAUGUAAUACAUUUUUUUCAUUCGUACGUGUUACUUUAGAUACCCUCACAGGCAUAAUACAGGGAUUAAACUAUGUAUCCACUAUAAUAACCCUAAAAUGAUGAGGACAUAAUAGUACUACAGUGUUGUUACCAUAUCAAAAAAUACAAAAAUAGAGAUGACAUUUUACGUGUUUUCACUUACCCAUCCAGUACAGCGCAUAGUUUUUUUUUUUUAUUCAUGUUACUAAGGUAGCCCAUCCUAUUUCAAACCAAUAAUAGACCAGCAGACAGUCAGAUAGACUCUUUAUUUUAAGUUGUUAUAGUUGUUAUGGCAUUUCUGUGCAUUAUUUAUUUCUUUUGUUAUAAAUUGUUGUUCAUUUCAUCCGUAUCGCUACGGUAAUCCAUAAUUGAACAAAAAUAAUUUAAUUUUCUUACCAAAAAUACCUAAAACCCUUUCAUCUCCUUCAAGUUUUAUAUUUGAGACAAAAAGUAGCAUGUAUUUUUCUCUAAGGUCACAUCUAUUUCUAUACCAAAAUUUAUCAAAAUCGGUUCGGUAGUUUUUGCAUAAAAGAGUAACAAUCAUCCAUAAAUCCUCACAAACUUUCACAUUUAUAAUAUUAUUUAGUAGGAUAUCAUUUGAAAUUCACCUAAUUUUUUUUAGGUAAUACGUCAUAUUUGUUUUUAUAAAAUUUUGUUCGUUAGAAAAAUGUACUCUGAUAAUAGGUAUCAUAGUUCGCAUCAACAGUGAAUAAUAAUAUUUAUCAUAAAUAUUAAUUGGUUCUCAAAUCCAAGCAAUCGAUUUUUUUACGUAGGUGCCUUCUUAUUAAAUCUGUUCCCAAAAUAUGGAUUAUCAGCCCUACAUUUAAUUGGUAAAUUAUUCAUUGAUUUUCAAAACUUUCCAAAACGGUGCAUUAAUCGUCCGUAAAAAUAAUUUAAAUCUAUUUGAAUUUUAUAAUCAUCUAUAUUAUUAUAAAUUAUUUACCCGCAUUAUGUAUUGCAAUCAAUCAGAAUUAAUUGAAAACAUGAGAAAAAAUACAAUUGCUAAUAUUCGUAUAAGAUAUAAUAUUAUUGAUAUCUCUAAAUUAAACAACUGCAGUGAAAUAAUUCUGAAUUUGAUUGUGCUAUAAUUUAUAAAUAAUAAUUUAUUGAAUUAUAGUAUAUUAUAGUCGAAAUUAUAGUUAAUUCCUGACAACGAUCUAUCACCGUGUAGGAUAAAACAUUAACGUCGAGUAAGUACUUACUUUUUCAAUUCCCAUAUUUGUAUCCAAUAUAUUUUGAGAACUGUCACCCGUUGAAAAUAUUAUCGACAGCCGAUUCAACGGUCGCCGUUAAAAAAAAGUAUUUUUUAUUCCGUCAUUUUCAGACCUUUUUAGACCCAAAUUAAUUUGGCUGGAAUUUUUUUUUUCAUAAUACCUAUGCUUUAGUAUUAUAGUUUAAUUAUUAAGGUUUUUUUAUUACAAGUUUCGUAAUAGUUGAUUAAUAAUUUACUAAUAAUGUGUUCAUCAGGUACAAAAAAAAUGUUCAAGAUUUGUAUCGAAUGUUCAAAGAUCGGCCAAUGUCGCCUAAAGAACUAGUGGCUUAUUGGACGGAAUACACGAUCAAUCAUGGUGACGUUGACAAUAAUAUCAGAACAACAGCAAUUCGUCUCCCUUGGUAUGAAUAUUAUCUAUUGGACGUUACGCUGGUCAUAUCAUUAACAUUAUUGACCGCGCUGGCGAUUUUACUGUACGCUCUAGUAUUAACUAAAAAAAUAUUACGACCGUUAAAAAAAUAUAAAUCUGAUUAA